ACUUCAUAACUAUUACAAGCCGGUAGGCGCCCAGGAUCUCCGCUUAUAGUUGAGGCUCGCACUCAAACAACCGGUUGACAUCAAAAGAAAUUUGAGGAUCUCUAACGGAGGCGCGAUUCGAAAAUCAGAAAUCGCAUACUUUGAGGAAAUCAACUUUUAAUAACAUAUCACUAUACAAAUUGAAAUCAACUGCGAAUGAAGAUUUUGUUAAUUUAACAUGGCCGAGAAAAAUGAACUAAACAUAGAAAUUGGGUAUCUUUGUGCGAAUUCGAUAUCGACGGUAUUGCUUCUCUACAUCACUAUCUGUCAAAUGAUCAUCUUUAUCAGGAAACGUUUGUACAAGACAAGAAUUCGAAGCGUAAAAGAUGUCUUGAAGCCUUCAAAUAUACAACUCCCCAUGAAUGUUACGCUCGUCGUUUCAGGGAUCUUUGGUAUUUCAUUGAGUGCUUGCUUGACUGCGGUGAAUAUCGAUAAAGUGACUUUCUAUAACUGUUUUAUGAAACUCCAUAAAGAUGAAAUGGACAUUGAAAUGCAAAUUUCUAGCGGGUUGGAACUAAAUAGUGAAUUCGAAAAAUGUCAUGACCGCACUGACUUGUCCAAGUUAUAUUUAACCGCACAUCUAUUGUACACGUGCUUGAUAACAUCUGUCUACAUGGUUCUGUGGUUUCGACAAACGAUGUUUAAUACGGAGCCAACUUUAAAACGACUUUCGUCUAAAUAUUUAAGAAUCUUCAGUUAUUUCCAAGGAUGCUUCAUUAUAAUAUCAGGCCUGUUAAUGGGAAUAAUAUGGAUAUACCAUCUAGCAAAUAUGGACUACUAUGAAGAUUUAGGAAUCCUCACUUACGUCUUUUUGAGCAUUCAGCUUGAGAUACAGAUUGCAAUCCUCAUUCUCUUUUUAGUUCCGUUAAUAAAGCACCAACGACGCCAAAAAUUUCUACAUCAAAAUCAAAAACCUCCUGAUCGUCUCAUACGACUGAUGAAACGUUGCACUGCAGCUACAAUUGUUGCUAUGGUAACAGACAUAGCAACAAUCGUAGUAUUUCAAAUCGCGUUUGAAUAUUUGAUGUCGAUUAAUGCUUUUAUAAAUAUAUGUUGCGUCCUAUUCUGCUAUGCCGACUGGAGAGAAAAAUUCUUUCCAUGUCUUGUAUUAUGUAAAAAUGAUAAAGCGAAAGCCGAACAAGUUACCCCGGGCAAUGAUAAUAGACGUGAAAUGUAAUUUGAGCCAAAACAGUAUUUAUUGUUGGGGUUUUGUUGUUAAAGCCUCAAGCCUGAAAUUAAUGACAUCUCAGUUCAGAGAUAUCUUAUUCAUACCCGUUAUCACAAUUCGUCUAAGUCAACAUUUCCCAAGCAGGGAGAAAUCCCUCCCCAGUGAAGACGGAUAUCUAGAAAUUACUCUGUAUUCAAUGUCAUUUUGCUGAUUUUGUUAUUUUUAUUGUUUUUCAGUAUGACUGUUAACUUAAUAAUACAUGUUUAUGCU